AUGGCUCGUACAUAUGACUCUGGUAUUCUUUCUAAUAAAGUAUCUAGUCCUAACCUAUCAAGAAGUAAUUGUGGAAAAGCAUCUCUUAAUACGGCCUUUCUUAAAGCAAGACUGAGUUCAUCAGAAAUUAUUGAUCGUGUUGAAUUAAAACGAUUGGCUGAUAAUCGAAUGAUGAUAUCUCAUUUUGACACAUCAAAAUUGACUCCAAGAGGUUUUAGAGUAUUGGUAGAUCAACAAAAUGUGAAAUUACCAAAUGGUCAGGUCGUAGAAGACGGUUUAAUGUUCCGUAACAAUUUCCAUUUAACAACUAGCGUAUCUGCUGACCUCUUUGUUCCUUGUGGUGGUAGACCUGAAGCAGUUGAUCUUAACAAUGUUAAUGCGUUACUUGAUUUGAAUGGAAAACCAAGAUUCAAAUAUAUUGUCGAAGGUGCCAACUUAUUCUUCACUCAAGAAGCUCGUAUUCGUUUAGAACAAGCUGGUGCUAUAAUUUUCAAAGAUGCAUCUGCAAACAAAGGUGGUGUCACAUCUUCAUCUUUAGAAGUAUUGGCCGCUUUAGCAUUGACCGAUGAAGAAUUUGAAAAGAUUAUGGUUGUAAAGGAUGGUGUUGUUCCUCAAUUUUAUCAAGAUUAUAUAAAAGAAGUUCAUCGAGUUAUUGAAAAGAAUGCUGAAUUGGAAUUCGAAUGUAUCUGGCGAGAACACAGACGAACAAACAAACCACGAUCAAUAAUUUCUGAUGAACUCA